AUGCCUGUUUCGGUUUCCUCCUGAUUCAGACUACUGCAUUCACACAUGGCUAUUUAAGCAUUUUCAUCAAACCGUGUUUAUCGUGUGGGUCUUUCAAACUAUUUGUUACUCAGGGACUGUUAUUUUGAAAGCUGUGUGUUUGGUGGACGGCAAAAAAGAAAAAGAAUUACAUCUCGGGGAAGGUGAGAGCGUUUAUGAUGAGCAAAAAAAAGUUUUAAAAAUAAACCAAAGGAUAUUCAGACGAAGUGCAAACUCCGCUUAGAUUAAGAGGUACUUAUGACAGUGCAUCAUCUCGCACGUGUGUUUGUCGCGCGUGCAUUCUCGGUUGGCUAAGUUGCACAGUGUUUACUAAGGGAGCUAGCUGUGUUGUUAGCUAACUUAUUCCCCGCUUCAUUUCGCAAAUUUGUUUUUAGCGUGCUUUUAUGGUACGGGUGUUUUUUCUCUAAUAGCGUUGUUUUGGAGUUUAUCGAUUUAGAUAAAUAGCUAACCCGGUGUUUAUAUCCUCCGUGUAGCAUUAGCUAGGUAGUAUUUAGCUGGAAUGGCGGGUUAUUGUGUGGAAGUGGGCGUGUAAAUAAACUAAAACGCUGAUUUCAUAUAACUUCAUUAUAAAUAAGGUAAAAUGGUCGGAAGUCCAUUAAUAAAACAAACAAGCAAAAAAAAUCAUGUGAGAUCGAUUAGGCCAUAAUAUAAAUACUAACUUUUAACUCUCCAGUCGUACAUUAAAAUUGGCAAAAGAUUUGGGACACCCAUCCAAUUCAUUGAACUCAGGUGUUGUUUUUCAGGGGUUGGGCUUGGCGCCUUAGUUCCAGUGAAAGGAACUCUUAAUGCUCAGCAUGCCAGGAGAUUUUGAACAGUUUCAUGCUCCCAACCUUGGACAAUUUCAUACUACCAAAACUAGUUCAUCCAUGUCUUUGUGCACUGGUGCACAGUCAUGGUGGAACAGGAAGGGGGUCAUCCCCAAACUGUUCCACAAAGUUGGGAGCAUGGAAUUGUCCAAAAUGUCUUGGUAUGUUGAAGCAUUAAGAGUUCCUUUCACUGGAACUAAGGGGCCAAGCCCAACCCCUGAAUUUAAUGAUCUAGAGGGGUGUCCCAAAACUUUUGGCAAUAAAGCUGGUUUUAUUGUCCACUUCUGUUCGAUGUAGCAGCAGUCCUAAAGUUACCUAAAUUUGUUGCUGUUUUUCAACCACUAAUUUCCAACAUGGUUUUAUUAUUAUACAGGAUUUUUUUUUUACAUCAUGCUGUAGAAGAGAGCGGUCUGAGUAAGGUCCACGUUUCGAGACAUUGAAACACUAGAUUGCUUUAAACACCUUUAAUAUUGAAUUCUUACCUGGAUCCCCUCCACACCUUUACACUGAGCUCGGUCCCAGUGUAGCACCGAAGAGCUUAAAUGAGAUUGUUUGUUUACUGUUUUACCUUUGAAAAAUCAAUGUGCAAGGACUGAAUGUAUGCCAAGAAACCAUCAAAAUGACCUUUACUGUGGUUACUGGGUGUGUUUGCAUAAGACUAGGAGUCCAGAACGAAUGUAUUACACAGUGUCACAACAUUACUUUUAAAACAUUUUGGAUUUUAUUAUAAUUAACUUGCUGUAGUGACACACACAAUGUCCCCUAUACCUUACGCUAAGACUACAUUUUCUGAUAAAGAAAGAUUCCCUCUUCUAGUGAAAAUGAUGUUUACACAGAUUUGAUCAACCUAUAUUAGUCCAAACGAAUCUGAGCAUGUUGCACAAGGAAAGCAUUUGAUAUUCCCAUGCAAUAGACUAGAUUGUAUGUACCCUGGAACACUAGGGUAUGGAGAAUAAUUGUGGCUGUAAAUCUCAUGCUUGACAAAUUAUCUUCAACCUCGCAUGCAUAAAAAUACUUCGGAUCCAAUUCUGAUCAAUCGGAUUGAAUCAGUCCUGAUAUGGAUGCUCUAACAGAUUGUUCCAAAAUAACAUUAUGUUUUUAAUUUGAUUUCAAAAUUUGAAGCUCUCUUAUGGCUCAUGGAGAAAUUAAAACUGCAGGACUAAACAAGCACUUAGCUGGGAGGUCAUAUGGUACAUUGAGGGUUGGGUGUAUUUUAUGCUGUAACAGGCACCGUGUGACCUGCUUUAAGGAGUUUUCCAGAACGCACUCCAGGGCAUCACACUUGCCCAGACACAGUAGUGGUCUGCUUUUAGCCCGGUGAGCAGCGUACACUGCUCAUGACAUUUAUGCUGGCAGUAGUGCUUGAGGCUCUGACCCCUUGAAGGUUUUCCAGCUUCAUGCAUAGUGCUGUGUAUUCUAAGUCUGAGUUGAUUCCUUAUACAUGUGUUGAUGUAUAAUUAGAUAGAUAAAUAAGUCAGGGUAUUUGCUGUACAUGCACAUGACUGAGAAAUACAUGGCUCCUUUCCUUGAAUUUGUUUGUUUGGAACUAAUCCUCUACAAGUGCAUACAUUCUCACUGUUGGUGAUCAAAUCUUUCUAAAUGCAAAUAUAUGAUAACCCUCAUAAUAAGUGCAUUUACGUACAAGUUAAGAGCUUGCUUUUGCUCAGGCAAAUGUAUGUGUUGUUAACAAUUUCCUCUUUCAGAUAUACAGUGCAUUUCUGUUAUGGGCUAAAAUAUAUCAUCACCACCAUCAUGGGGAAAACCCAGACCUGCAUUUUGUGUGAAAUUGUCUACAACUCCAAACAGGAGAUGGAUGAGCAUAUGAGAAGUAUGCUUCAUCAUCGCGAGCUGGAGAAUCUUAAAGGCCGUCUUCAAAAGGACAAGCUGAAGAGGCUGCCAUAGGACAAGAAUAUAUAUAGGCAUUUUGGAAUCAACAAGCAAGGCCAGCAUAGAGCAACUGUCUCUCAUGUGACUGUUAUGUUGACCGCUGGAAUGUGAAAAGUGAGACUGCAACAGAGGAAACGCAAAUAACCUUGAGAACAUGAUACUGGCUAAAAUGCCAAUACUUCAUUGUUUUGUAACAGAUAAACACAUUACUGUUUUACAUUAAUUUAUGUGUGUGUGUUUGUGUGUGUAUGUAUAAAGGUGCACAGUCUUUAGCCUAAUAAAUCUUUAGUACUGUUUUUAAUGCCAUUCAGCCCUGACCCACUUUUUGGUGGGAUAGGUCAAUUGUUUGGUCUUUUAGCUCACAAGCUGGGCAUUUCUGGAGCUUUUGUAGGGAGUGGGGGUUUGCUACAGACAGCUGCCCGCAGCUCCUAUUACAGCAAAUGCUGGAGAGACCCACCCUGAUGCACUUCAGAACUAAGAAAUGAGAGAGAGAGAGGUAGGGAGGGUGUGGGAGGGCAGAAACUAAAGUGGGCUGCUUGUUAGGCAUUCACCGCAGAGCGCAGCAGACACCAUCGUGGCAGCGUGCGAGGGCUCGGCUGCAACAGAGAGGGUGCUGGCCUCUCUUGAGCUCCAGGCUCCUUUUCUGGUGGCAGAAACAUCAUGCCAAAGGCCCACUUUUUGCAUGAAAUGAAGCUUUGAACACCCUCUACAAGAUCAGGAAGAUCCAGCUGUUUUUCUUUAUGUUUUUGGUACAUUAACACAAGAAUAAGCCAGUUUGCCUCCUGAUCAUUUUUUUUCCACUGGAUUUUUUUUUUAAAUUUAUUUUGAUUACUUUUGAGCUGGGGAAGUUCUCUUCAUUUCGAAAGAAGCCUACGGGUAUGCUUUUUUCCCAAGAUUUGCUGGAAACAAAAGUCAAGGCCUAAGUUGCCCUCCAGACUCCUGGCAUCCACUUUUGCAAGCAGGUAGCCAUGCCUGAGGGUAGCAUUCAUCGGCCACUGUCCCCUCUCCUUCCCAGGGACUGUGGGCACGAGUGUCGGGCAUGUGGGGUGACUGUGAAAAGCCUGACAGAGUAUGCAGAUCACAUCUCCAGCCCCAUGCACAAGCAGCGUGUGGAAGCCUUUGACCACCAGAUAUCUAAAGUAGACCAGGAUGAGGGCUACUUUGAUAAAGAGAUGGUGGAGCUCAUUGAAAAACGGAAGAAAUUCAUCAGACAAGAGGAAGCAGCUUUGAAGAGGGCCAGAGAGGAAAGAGAGACCAUGAGAAAGUGGCAAGAUAUUAAGGAACAGUGGCACGAUCCUAGGCAGUGGCGCCACCAACAAGGUGGCUCUUGGGGCCCAAGAUUCCCCAACUUUCCCCUGCCAUCCAGAGGUGGAUUGAAUACCAACUUGCAUGAACCACACAGAGGCCCCGAGUUUGAUUGUGACAGUUGGAACAGACGCCAGAUUAGGAGCGCCACUUGGCAUGCUGAAGGGCCCCCUGACUUGCAGAGAUGGCAAUCCUUUGAUGGACGAGGAAGAAGCUUGCACAGUAGGGGAAACUAUUGGGGAGGAAGACCGGGAAUGUAUGCAGGUUGCCCUCCACAGCAGAGAAACCAGUCAGCCUGGUCCAACACAGAAGGCAACAGAGGGAACUUUGACAGACAAAAUGACUUGAAUUGGCAACACUCCAAAGCUAAUCACUGCACUGCAGUAUCUAGGAUACAUCACCUGCAGAAACCACAUCAUAGUACUGAGAGCCAGAAAAAGUUCUUCCAAAAACAGGAAGGUUGUGCAGAGAAUGAUCCUGGAAAGGGGAAGGGGAAGUGUGACAAGACCCAUCGUUGGGCACCAUAUCCUCCAACUUUGCUUGGAGAUCCUUUAUCUCAAAGUGAUGUCCAGCCUUCUACAGAUAACGUGAAUUUUGACUCUCCUGGGCAUAGUAACAAACGAGAUUUGAAUGUAAACAACCAAGACUUGGAGCAAAAAAAUGACGUGGAAGAGUGCAGAAAGCAGAGUCCCAUUAAGAGAAAUGACAGCAGUGGGAAAACACAGAGACUAAAUCAUACAUCUUCACCACCUUCUUCCUUGCCUUCACCUUCUCAAAAACUUGAGAGGCCCACCAAGCAUUCUGAAAAAAGUGUUGCUGCUGACCCUGGUUCAGUGACUAAUCUCAGUCGAACAUCAAGUCAAGACUCUGUUACCUCUAAAGCUUCAAAGCAUUCUCACUCAAGCUCCAGGUCCCCUCCAGCUGUAUCGACUGACCAAGAACGGGAACAUCUGCUUUCUGUAAUGCUGCGCAAAGCAAAGGAGAACCUUUUGCAUAAUCAUACCUCAGUAGAAAAGUCUGCUACAGAAGACGACUUCCGAGGUGCUGAACUGCAUAUCCAAGAAGAUGAGUUGUUAGAAGUUUCAGAGUUAAGCAGUACAAAAGAUUGCAGUAGAAGUAAGAAGAAAUCAAAGGAGCACAACGGAAGAAGGAAAGAAGAGGAGCACAAUGAAAAGAGCAAAGAAUGGCAGUCCCACGGAACUGAGGUAGCUGUGCCAUCUGACUGCUCAACAAACGACAUCAAUAUGCUGUCUCUGCAAUCACUGCAGGUCAGCACAUCCACCAUGGACCGGGAAGAUGAGGAUGAUGGAGCUGAAAGGGAGGAAGAUCUUGUUCAAGAUCACGGAACACAAGCUACAGAUGAAGGCAUGUCUGACAGUGAGGGCAGCCGCACAAGCCACUCUCUUGCCACGGUGCCUUCCCUGAAAAAGCUGGCCCUGCCUGCUAGUCUCACGCGGGAUUUGAACCGGCACAUUGGCAGCAAAGGCAAAGGAAUUGCCCAUGAGCCCAACCUGAACAUUGCACGGCGUUUCAGGAACGUAAGUGGCACACAUGAGAAUGAAAAAGACAGUGGCCUGAAGCCCACCCUGCGACACCUCAUCAGCUCCUCUGCCUCCAGAAGAAAUGUUAACUGGGACCAGGUAUAUCAGGAGGUCCAUCGCAAAAAGCAGGAGCAGGGCAAGGGUUUGCCGAGGUUUGGAAUAGAGAUGGUGCCCAAAGAGCCAGAGGGUACAAGCCACAUGGAAGAUGAUGUUCCACUUUGUGAAGGCUUCCAUUGGGACUCUGUAGCUGAUGUGUCUGUAUUUCCGCGCAAACGCAACAUGUCAGAAAGCAGUGUUGUCACCUAUAGCACUACAGCAUCCCGUUCACUCCUCAGAGAAGCAGAACCAACUUCUGUCAUGAACUUACAAAACACUGCCAAGGCAAGGCUUCAGACUGCUCCCUCACCUAAAGAGAAGGAUUGUGAUGAUCAAAGGGAUAAUAAGGGCAUAGCUCAAGCCAAAGAACACGUAAAGGAAAUGGAUGUACAAAAGCCUGUCCAGGACACAGAGCCUGUGGAUGCUGAGAGUAGUUGCAUGUCAAGCGCUGAGCUGAAUGGAGCAAAGAAACGCAGAGCAGUGGGGGACGUGGCAUCCCCAGAAAUUCCUAAUGCAGAAAGAAAAAACAAGAGGCUGAAAAUCAAGCCUAAGAAAGAACUCUCUCAGUUAGACGAGUUGUUGGCAGUUUCUUUGCGGGAGGAGGAACUGAACAGCUCUCUGCAGGCAGUGGAUAGCAGUUUGAUCCAGGCUCGAUCAGCCCUGCAGUCUGCCUAUAUGGAAGUGCAGCGUCUGCUAAUGGUCAAACAGCAGGUAACCGCAGAGAUGAGUUCCCUGAGGACCAAGCGUAUAGAAAUUCUACAAGGGUUACAAGGAGGGUCUGAUUCUCCAACAAGAAACUGUGAUGAGAACCUGAGCACUUCACCAAUCCUACCAUUGCCCUCUUUGGCCUCGCCCGAAAAUAAUGUUAAGCCCAGUUAUCCAGCUACUACUUCUUCCAUCCUCUCACCAUCGCCCACCUCUAGCCCACCUGUUUUUGCAAUCAAACAGGAGCGUUUGUCACCCAUAACUGUCAACCCAGCACGAGAGCCUACAGGCAGCCCACUUUCUGGCCUUCACAGUACCACUCCAGAGCAAUCUGCAGCAGCUGCCACUGAGACUGAUGUGGAACCUGUCAGUUUAGAUGCCAAUAUAAAGUGCAGUCUUAAUGUAAAGCUGUGUCAGAAGAAUAUAGAAUGUGCCCAGGAUCAAAAGUCAGAGCUGUCUCCUGACCAUCAAGCUUACCUUGCAUCUCAGGAGCAUACGCAAGAUCUUAACCCAGUCUCUCCUAAGUGCUCUCCACCACACAAUAGCCCAGACGCUAAAGCUGGAAAGCGUAUAAGAAAGCUGAAAAAGAAGAGGGUUCUGAGAAACACACAGACAAGCAAGCAGCCAGACAUCAGUGACUCCGAGCAAGAUUCCAGUCAACCGGUCCGGCCUGUUCGCAAGCUACGUUCUCGCCGGCGCAACAUUGGCUCAUGCUACUCUCCCCCUGCUGCUGCUGAAGUAAAAGAGGAGAGCAUGGAGGUGACAUGUGCACCAGAUCAUCUCCCAGAAACAAAGGGACCAACACUGGCUUCUGCUGGAAAGGAGACUCAGGACUCUGACUCUUCAGAGCUGGAGAUGGUGGAGCUCCCCCAGUCUGUACCUAUGGAAGUAGUCAAUUUGGACUCAGAUGAGGAAGAAAGAAACCUUCCUCAAGUCUCCAAGGAGUCUGCUGCUGAGACGGCACAAAGCCAGAACCUUGCAUGUAAUGAGGUCACCUCUACCAGUGAAAUUGACACCAGCAGUGUAGUCACAAGCUGUGAAAGUGCAAAGAAUGUGACUCUGGCAGUUAUAAAAGAGUCCAAAGCAUCUUCCGAAGCAUCAUCAGAUGCUGGUGAAGAGGACAUGCCAACUGAGGGCUCAUUUGAGGGCCAUCAGGAGGCUGUGAAUGGAAUGCAAAUACAUAAUGGUUUGCUGUAUACAUGCUCAGGAGACCGCACCAUACGAGCAUUCAACCUGCUGAGUCGUAAGUGUGUGGCAGUGUUUGAUGGGCACAGCAGUAAGGUGAACUGCUUGGUGGUGUCAUCUGGACCUGGCGUGCCACAGCGACUCUACUCUGGAUCUAGUGACCAAACCAUCCGCUGCUAUAACAUCAAGACCCGAGAGUGUGUGCAGCAGCUCGGCCUCCCUGACCGUGUACUUUGCCUUCAUAACCGUUGGAAAGUGCUGUACGUCGGGCUGGGUAAUGGCUCAGUGGUCACCUUCAGCCUCAAGAACAACAAGCAGCUAGAUGUGUUUGACUGCCACGGGCCACGGGCAGUGAGCUGCUUGGCUACAGCACAGGAGGGAGCUCGGCGUGUGUUACUUGUUGGCUCUUAUGACACCACCAUCAGUGUAAGAGAUGCCAAGAGUGGCCUUCUGCUGCGUACCCUAGAGGGACACACUAAAACAGUCCUCUGCAUGAAGGUGGUGAACGAUCUAGUCUUCAGUGGAUCUAGUGACCAGUCUGUCCAUGCACACAAUAUACACACGGGGGAGCUUGUAAGGGUCUAUAAGGGCCAUAGUCACGCUGUCACUGUGGUGGCCAUACUGGGGAAGGUGAUGGUCACAGCAUGUCUGGACAAGCUGGUCCGUGUGUUUGAGCUGCAGUCUCAUGACAGGUUACAGGUGUAUGGAGGACAUUCAGACAUGGUGAUGUGUAUGGUCAUCCACAAGAGCAUGAUCUACACAGGUUGUUAUAAUGGGAGUGUACAGGCUGUCCGGCUGAACCUACUUCAGAACUACCGCUGCUGGUGGCAUGGAUGCUCGCUGGUCUUUGGUGUAAUGGAGCACCUGCAGCAGCACCUGUUGAAUGACCACACCAGCCACACGCAGCAGACGCUCAAGUGCCGCUGGAAAAACUGUGACUCCUUCUUCAACUCCCGCAACGGCUUCAAACAGGCCGUGCAAGCUCACAUGCAGAAACAUGCAGAGGAGGACAGUAAACUGGAGUCUUAAGGGGUCCUGGAAUUGUCAACCUAGACAGUCCAAAUAACCUCCUCUUCUCCCAUAUUGGGAAGAUCUCAUUUACACCUCAGGAUAGGAGCUUUUUCCUUGUGCAAUCAUUUUUCUAUGUUUAAUCAGAUACCAACAGCUAUCAUUUUAAAGAGAGAGGACAAUUUUCUGUGACAGUUCUAGAUGCCACUUCUGAAUACUGGUGAUUUGUAGGAUUUUAUGUGAAGUAGUCGUUUGUGUAUAGAAACUACAGACAGUGUAGUUUCUGUCAGCAUAUUUUGAAAGAGCACUGCUCAAAGGUUUUUAUUGCUGUCACUUUACUGCUUAGUGGAUAACUUGGAGGCUUUUGGCAUCCAAAGGUUCUUCUCAGUUUUUUAGCUUGUGAAAGUCCUUCUCUUUGAGUGGAGCUGCUGGUAUUCUGAUCAUGCCAGUUGAACCAUUUUCCAGUGGUUCCUUUUAUCCAUGUACACUGUAAUCUUAUCUGUGUCUGAAGAUUGACUACACUGUUCUGUUAGCACAACAUAGGAUAAUUCUGUCAUCUUCGAGGAAAAGAUAACCGAUGUACAGGUAAUGGAUAACAGAUCUCACUUUCUACUCUUUACUCAACUGAUUAUACACAGUAUUAUCAGCUCUGGGAUAUAAUGACCAAAUAAAGACUAAGUAUUGAAAAAGAACUGUGGGGAAAAAUAUACCUGUUAAAAUUGUUGGACAGGCCAGAAGGGUUGUUGCUGCUGCCCCCUCCUGGCUAACAAACACACUUUGUUCAUUACAGUGUAUGGCAUGGGUUCAGGGAUGUUUUUCAUUUGGAGUGUUUUGAGGUUUAAUAGCAUGGUACUCUUGUCUUCUUGAGCAACGAACAAAUUUUUUUUUGUUUCUUUCUUUUGUUUGUUUCUUAAUUUUAAUUUGGUUUUCUUUUUGUUUUCUUUAAACUAGAAGUGUUUUCAGAAGACCCUCUUUUCUUACAAUUCACUCACAGCUCAGAUAAGGACAUUGACUCACAGCUACUCCAUACCAACAAGGUAGAACAACGAGGAUUUUAUGGAAUAUGUUUUCAUAACUUAUUCCAACAUUUUAAAAAUAGUUUUAAAAAUAUUUCUGAAGGGGGUAGUCUUUUUUUCUUCUUUUGUUUUUUCAAAUCUAACCUUCUAAGUGGUUUUCCUUUCUCCACCACUGUUUUGAAAGAUGGUUUCAUAUACACCUAUAUUACGUUUUUGUGAGGUUUUUUUCCUUUCUGAUUUUUUUGUUUUGUUUUGUUUUGUUUUGAUUUUUUUUUUCUUGUUUUCCUUCAUAUUGUGUGGUUGCUCACUGAGGUUAAGACACAGUGGAGGGACUGCCGGUUUGCCGUAACUGAAAGAGUUCUGUUUAAGGAAAUGUAUUUGUUGUGACUGUAACAGGGUCUGAAAUGGCUGGUGUGUGUAACCCAUUGUGGGCAGAAUGUGUGUUUUUUGCCCAAGCAGUACAGUACAGUGCAGUAUUGCUGGUUUGAUUUUUGAUUUUUUUUACACAGUGAUUCUCAUAUAAUUGAGAGAAUUCUGCAUGGGCUCUGCCCUUUUGUGAUUUAAAUUUUUUUUACAGAUAUUUAUAUGGAUGUGGUUGGAUGUGCAUGCAGCCUAACACACUUUUGACUGAAGAGGUGUGUGUGUUUGUGUGUGUGUGUGUAAUGCAAGUUGUUAAAGUGGUUAAUGUGAUAGGUGUUUUAUGGAGUGGCAAGCAUAAUGCCAGAACCCUUCUCCCAUGCCAUAGUACUCAGCCAUGCUGGCAACACACAGAACCACACCUAGUAAUAAAUUACAGCUAGCUGUCUUCAUUUCAGCAACAUAACUUUGAACAUUUAUAAACAUUUUAAAAUCUUUUCUUAAAGUCUGUGCCACAAUAAGCUAUAUUUUAACAUUACCCGAUUCUCUAAAGAAUUUUUGAUAUUAUUCCAGAAUGUGGAGAUUUGGGUUUGUUUUAUUUUUUUCGGUUCGAGUCACCAGUUUUUCACUCCCUUGAUCCCAUUUACAGUGUGUCCUUCUCUGUAUAAGCAGUGUGUAGCCUUUGGGGCAGUUUGUCAACCUCUUAUCUGGCCUUCUCAAAGUUGCUUUGUUUUUGUUUGUUAAAUUCCACUGAAUAUCUUGUUAUAAUAAAAAUACAUUUACAGUUUUGUCAA